AUGCCUGUCACAAGUUUUCACAGUAGUUUCAUGAUGCCUAAUAUAGGGUUCCAGAACCUUCCCCUUAAUAUCUACAUUGUUGUGUUUGGAACUGCCGUCUUUGUCUUCAUCCUCAGCCUCCUCUUCUGCUGUUAUUUAAUAAGGUUACGGCACCAGGCGCACAAAGAGCUAUAUGCAUACAAACAAGUCAUUCAGAAAGAAAAGGUGAAAGAGUUAAAUUUGCAUGAGAUAUGCGCCGUGUGUUUGGAGGAGUUCAAACAGAAAGACGAGCUGGGGAUUUGUCCAUGCAAACACGCAUUUCAUAGGAAAUGCCUCAUCAAGUGGCUGGAGGUGAGGAAAGUGUGCCCGCUGUGCAACAUGCCCGUCUUACAGCUUGCCCAGCAGGCAGGCACGACGGAACCUCCAGUGUCAAGCCAGCAGCCUCUGCCCGGUAUCGAGAACCUGGUCUAA